AUGAUUCCUAUUGACAUUCUCCUGGGUAUUGCCUUCUUCUCCCAGACAAGAAUUGGCAUUCAGGGAAACCUCUUCCUAAUUUAUCUCUUCAGCUUCGUGCUCUUCACUGGUGAGAGGCUGAGGCCCAUAGAUCUACUACUCAUCCACCUGGCUUUGGCCAACUCCUUGGUGCUUCUCUCCAAGGGAUUCCUUCAGGGAUUGGCAGCUUUGGGUCUAAAGAAUUUUCUGGAUGACAUUGGCUGUAAAGGUGUCUUCUACCUUCACAGAGUAGCUCGGGGGCUUUCCCUCAGCAUGACCUGCCUCUUGAGUGGUGUUCAAGCCAUCAUCAUCAGUCCCCACAAGCCCGGGUGGAUAAAGCUUAAAGCCAGAGUCCCAAGGUCCAUCAUCCCUGCUAUUCUCCUCUGUUGGAUUUUCUACAUGCUACAGAAUAUUAGUAUUCUUGAUAAACUUAAAGGACCAAGGGGCAGCAGGAACAUCUCUGAGAGAAAAGAUUAUGGAUACUGCUCUGUUAAUGUCGCUACUAAGAUAAGUGCCUCACUCCAUGCAGCUGUGUUCUCCCUCCCUGAUGCUGUCUGUAUGACCUUGAUUGGCUUUACAAGUGGAUACAAGAUUUUUCUCUUGUACAAGCACCACAAGAGAAUUCAGCAGGUUCACACUGACCGCUUUUCCCCUAGAACUUUCCCUGAGGCCAGAGCCACCCAAAUGAUCCUACUGCUGGUGAGCACCUUUGUCACUUUUUACUUACUCAAUACCUUCUUGAUAGCAUACAUGCAUUCAAUAACACCUACACCAUGGAUGAUGCAUAGCUGUACCCUCUUGGCUUCCUGUUUUCCAAUGCUUAGCCCUUUUGUGCUCAUUAGAAGUGACUCACAAAUCCUGAGGUACUACAGUACUAUUCAUGGUGGGAAAAGUCCACUUGCUGCAACUAACUCCAAUAAUAUACAGUCUCUAAUAUCUUCUCAGGCUCAGCUCAAAGAGAAAAAGUCACUGGAAGGUCUUAAUCUAGAAGUUUCAAAACAGAUCUGGAAUCCUCAUGUAGCUCCAAUUUCACAGAAAAGGGACAGCUGGGGAACCAUUAAAGGCACUGGUAAUGGAAUCAGGGCCUAA